AUGUACGAAACCCUCCUGCGCCCGAUCGAAGUCUUCCAGAUUCCGCAAGCGGUGCCUGUAUCGGCGCUUUCGGAGAAGCUCAAGGGGUCCGAGAGGAAGCGCGAGGAGAAGCGCCAGCGGCAGAUCAGGGCGAAUAAGGAGAAGGCGGUUAGGGAGGGCAAGAGGAAGCGGGGUGAAGAGGAAGGUGCAGAGGUGGAGGAUGUGGAUGCGGUGAGUAAGCGCCCGAGGAAGGAAGAUGAGACAGGGGGUGAGGUGGAAGGAGCAGGAGAGGAAGCCGGAGAGGGAGAGGGAGAGGGAGAGCCGAUGGAGGAAGAUGUCCUCCUUUCUGAGGUGUUCGUUGCUGCUGUUACGGGUGACGAGUCAGAACCCGUCCCUUCGACCUCCUCGCUACCACCUGCGCCUUUGACAUCGCCGUCGAGCCAGGCCUUACCACCAGCGAAAUUCAACUUUGCGAAAGCUCUCCCUGAGGUUCGCGGACACACAUCCUACCUGACGUUCGCGUGUCUUGUCCCCGUACCUGCGCAUGCACAACCCCAGCCUCCAGUGGUGUCUGCUUUACCUGUAGACACUGCUGCCUCGACGAAGACAACGGCGCAAAUUGCAGCCACGACCGUGACGUUAGGUACAGAAUGA